AUGGGCGACCGGUAUGGGCCACCGCCAAUGUCCAGAGAUGCACAGGUUUUCUUUUUCAAAAUGGUUUUCAAAAAUAAAAAAAUAAUUUUUUAGACAAGACUCCUCGCGGUUGACGAACUCUUACCGAUCAUCGAUAGGAUUGUCAAUCAAUGGGUUGGUUUUUAAACCUUUGAAAUCGAUUUUUUUCAAGAAAUAUUGAUUGAUUUUUUUAACUAAAACGUUUUUGUUUUGGCCUAGUAACAUGGGCAAAAGAAUCAAAAAAAGCCCUAAUUUUUCAAAGUUUUUUUAAAAGGUUCCAAAAAAAUGUUAUUCUAAACAUUUCUGAUCUAAAAACUUUUGUUGAUUUGACUCAUUAACAGUGGAAUAGCCCAAGUGACCUUUUUAAGGGCCUUAAAAAGGGAAAAAAUUCAUUUUUAAGCUUUUUUUGAAUGUUCAUAAAGUUUUUUUAUUUUUCGAAUUUUUGAUUUUUUUCACGGAGUUCUCGAAACAUAAAACCAAAGUUAUUCAUUGAUUUUUGAACUUUAUUUUAAUUCAGCAGCACGGUGAAAAUCUAAGGGAACGCUCUUUUUUUAAACUUGCCUUUUCAAAAUUCAGAUUUUGAUCUAGUUUCUUGAAAAAGACCGAGUAUAUUAAUUGAUUUUUUUGAUUUUUUUAAUGUUUUCAAUAACCUUUUUUUGAGCCUAUUUGAAAUUUGAACUUCGAUAUUUGAAAAAAAGAGCCUGCCUAUCGAUUUUUCAAGCUGUAUUUCCAUCGACCUUUAUUGUUUCUUUGCUGUACUUUUCUUUUUUCAACACCUUUUUAUUUUCCUAACAAGGACCUUUCCGGUAAAAAAUCGCUAAAAGGUUCUUCUGUAGCCCUUAAAAGCUCUUUUUAGGUACUUUGGGCUUUAAAUACUCCCUUAAAAACUUGAAGGAUGCUCCAAAUUCGACUUGAUGUUUUUGUAGGGUUCAAUAAACAUGGAAGGACUGAAAAUGGAAGCCGAACGGGAGGCGACGAAAAUGGGCGCCAAGUUACCGGUGCUCCUGAGGUCUCCUCAGGAAUGGGAGGCCAGAAUCAAGAUGCUCGCCGACGGCGGGAAAAUCAACGCUGUCUAUAAAGUGAAGAAAUAUAUACUCAGGAACGCCAGAGUGGUCCCUAGAGGGGUUAGGAAAACAGUUCAUAUUGGAGACAAGUAAAAAAAAUUAUUUUUUGAGUGGGAUGAAGGAGUAAAUCAGAGGUCCCUAUAGGGAAAAAUUCAGUGGACCCGUGAGCCCUUGAAGCUUAAGGGGGUCCCUAUAGGGGUCUUUUUUCAUUCUUCAGAGUUUUGUUGAUAUUUUCCAUUCAAAAACGAUAAUUUUAAGAUUUUCGCAUGGAAUCGCUUCAUUAGAGAGUUAAUUAAAAUAUUUCCCUAUAGGGGUCACUUCUGCAAGCUUUAUUGGCCCCCCACAAUGCCCCUAUAGGGACAACUCAAGCACCAAAAAUCGAUGAAUUUUUCCAACUUUGAACUUCAGGAUGGUACCUUGAGAAUGCCGGGCAAUCCGUUCAGAUCGGUUCGUCGGAAUUUAUUUUCAAAAAAGUUAAUUUUUGAAUUUUUAGCUCGAGAGACAAGAACCCCGAAACUCCGAGUCCCAGAUCAACUACGUGCGAUUCCUCUCGUCCGAACAGGUCGAACGUGAUAAAGUGAUCGUUUUUUCCAGAUUUUCAGACAAACGCUUUAUUCAUUCAUAAAAACGGAUCUUGUUUUGAAAUGACGCGAAAUUGCUCCAUAAAUCAAGUUUCAGAAACCUUUCUCGGCAUUUCGAAACAUGCUCCGUUUCUCCGAUUAAUAAGCGAAAUUCAUUUUGGGAACUGUGUCGAAAUUUAUCACUCUUUCGAGAAUAUAAUCUGAUUUUGAAUGUCAUGCUCAAGCUCCGCCCCUAAUAGUGUGAUAAACCAAUCAGAGGGCGAGCCAUUCAGAGCGCGUUUUCGGAUGACGUCAUUGUAAAUGACUGGGAAAAUUUCUAGUGGCCACUAUAGAGGCUCGCCAAAGACUACUUGGAGAGGACACUAAAGUGGCCACUAUUUUCCUUUUUAGUGGCCACUUCAGUAGUUUUUAUCCAGUAUUCCUUCCAGUAACUCUGAUAAUUUCAAAACGAACAGAUUGGACCAGUUAUGUUGAUCCAUUGACCCCUUAAGUGGCCACUAAAAUUUUUAGUGGUCCAGUAAGAGCACUUAGACCUCUAUAGUGGCCACUAACUUUUAACCCCUUGAGUGGCCACUAAUUUGACCUCUGUAGUGACCACUAAAACGUCAAAACCCUAUAGUGGCCACUAAAAAUUUUUAAAAAAAUCUGGAGCCAUUAAUUUAAGACGUCAUUUACGUUGCGUAAACGGUCCUGCAAAUGGCCUUUGAACAAAUGAAUGAAAAUUGAUUUUUAAUCGAUUUUUUUCGUUUUCAGUACGAAGGCGACGUCUUCAAAUCGCCUCGCUGGCCGGGAUUGCCGGAUCGCGACCGGAAACAGGCCGAAUGCAACCUGAAAGACCUGCAGAUGUACGAAGGAGCCCCGAAUUAUCGAGAGUUGGUGUCGAUUUUAUAGUUUCUUUCACUGCUGGCUUGAACUUCUGACCAAAAUGAUGUGGAAUAUUGAAUAAUGGGGCAAUUUGAAUUGAAGUCUUGUCCGGUUAUUAUUUUAUUUUCACGUCCUUUCUUGAUCGAUUUGGAAUUUUCAUCAAUUGCAAGAUAGUUCAUUCACCGCUUCUGAGAAAAAAAAGGAAAGUUGAAUUAAACGCGCCCUGGCGCACUACAGCGAUCAAAACGUUGAGAUUACUAAUGACAUGAAAAUUACUCGAGAUUUUUCUGAGAAUGUGUCCACGAAAACACGCACCGACGCACUACAACAAUCAAAACGCGGAGAUUCUUGUUGUAAUGAAGACAGUUAAAGAACUUUCCAAGGCUCUACUCGUUAAAACACGCUCUGACGCACUACGGGCAACUAAAAUGAUUACCAAAGGUUUCAGCUUAGUUUUGUUAAUAUUUCUUUUACGGUUCUUCUUUUAAUUUUCUGUUUCUUUGACUGUUAUUAUAUCACGUUUCGAUCGCUGUAGUGCGCCAGGGCGUGUUUUAGCCGUAGUGCUCCGGAGCGUAAUUUUUUUGUUCAAUUUUUGAUCUCAAAACUUCUUUGGAGUGUUUAUUCUCAAGGUUAGACGGAAGAAUCUUUGUAGAGACUUUCAAGGGUAAUCCUUUCGUUGAUGAUUCUUGAAUACAGUCUCAUUUUUGAGCGCCUUUUUGGCGGUAGCUCAAACCAGCGGUGAAUGAACUAUAUACAGGCGGGACUACGGCUCGACUUCGAGUCAAGGACAACGGCAGGACUACCCGGAAGAGUCCCGGUACUGGGGUCGAGAUGAAGAAGAAGAGGACGAAGUAGAAAUAGAAAGAUGUCGACGAAGAAGGAAACAGCUGCGGGAAGAGAUCGAACAUUUGGAGAGACGACAUGAAAGAUAUCGAAACGUUCCGGACCGGGUUUUCGGCAAAACGACCCGGAGCGGAGUAGCCGUGUGCUCGUAUUGCAACUCGUACAACCUGCACGUCAGCGAUGGAUGUCCCAAAAUCAGAAGGACCGACUCGAGGUGGAGACUCGCCGAAGAGCAGAGACGCUGCGGGAGCUGUCUUCGCUUUCACCAGCCUCCUUGUCACGAGAAACAGUACUGCGGAUAUUGUCGCGUCAGAAUCUCGGACCACCAUCACUCCCUGUGUCCCCUUCCCGAAGAAAAAGCCGACCUGGAAGAGAAGAUCGAUGCCCUCACGAAGGAGCUCCGACUUUGGUAUUGA